AUGGGGGAAACCGGGGAACAACCAUCUGAUAUCUUGAAUGAAAUCUCCUUACCAGAUAUGAGAUUACAAGCCAUCCAGAUGACAAAAGAGUCUCUAAAAAUUCCUGCAAGGGAUUUUGGAUGUGCCAUGAGGUCGGUAGUGAGCAUGAUCACAAGUUGUCAGUGCUUUGCUUUCAUGCCUCCUCCAAAAGAUGUUAAACUGGAGAACUUAGAUAUCACCUGUGGUGAAAAUCUCUAUUAUUCAAGUGUUCCCAAAUCAUGGUCAUCUGCACUCCAAGGUUGGUUUGAUGAGAGAGAUUCCUUCACAUUCGGUGUUGGACCAACAACAUCAAAUGCAGUGACUGGACACUAUACUCAGAUGGUUUGGUAUAAGUCUUAUGAGAUUGGAUGUUCAUUUGCUUUCUGUCCAUACUCAGCUCUGUACAAGCACUAUUAUGUUUGCCAUUACUACCCUGCGGGAAAUGUAGUAAGAUCAGCUACGACACCUUACAAAAAAGGAGACCCAUGCGGCGACUGUCCUGAUGCUUGUGACAAUGGACUGUGCACCAAUCCUGGCAAGUAUGAAGAUACAUACUCCAACUGUGGUCAAAUAAAAAAGCAAUUUACCUGUAAAUACCCGUUUGUCCUAAAAUAUUGUGCCGGUUCCUGUCAGUGCACCACUGAAAUACAGUAA